AUGGAAAGACUCAUUUACAAUCAAGCUAUAGAUACAUGUAGAGAUAUCAAGGUAUGUAAUUCAAAAUACACAACCGAUGGCGAGUACUGGAUGUAUCCUAGAAUUUUGAAUUUCCAGAGAGCUAAAUUAUACUGCAAAGAUAUGAAUUCCCACAAUCCUAAGGAAUAUUUGACAUUGAAUGAAGAGAAUUAUGCUGAAUAUCCAAAUGGUUCAAGUUUAGGACAUGGAGAAUGUAAAGUAGAUUCGAACAAUAUGGUUGUUGUUCAGACAGAUUAUGGCUUUACACACCAAGAAUAUGGCAAUCCUGUACCCUAUGGCAAAGCAAUCGGAUGCUCUUUUUUACAUAAUGUUACUAAAUGUCAAGUACAUGGAUCGGUAGAGAUGAAUAUAUCAUUAACUGGCUUGAUUUUUGACUCUUCGACUAAUUGGGUUUGGUUUGGACAUCAAGCUUAUAUUGUAAAGACGAAACGGACCGACCAUGAAAUUUUUAUAGUCGGUGAUGGAGGAUGCGGAGGAGGCAAACCGAAUGGUCAAAUCAAAUUGUUAAUUGAUAAAUCAUACACUCCUCCAUUGGCAUCAGCAACUGAACCAAAGUGUGUAUAA